AGAGGUUGUUGGGUCGGAUCGUACGAUUUGAAGAAGUAUGCGGCCCAGAAAGCGAGCCAAAGAGGGCCAUGAUGCGGCGGAACAACAGUUCGAAACAGUACAGGCUGAUCAUGAACUGUUCUUGCAAGCUUUUGAGAAACCCACCCAGAUCUAUAGAUAUCUCCGCACACGUAACGCUGUGUCUCCUAUUUUCUUAACUCGAAAUCUGUGGUAUAUGAAACACAGACGAUCUCUCAACAACACGAAAAGGAAAAAGUUCAGUAUAGACUCUAUCUUGGAGAAGACAGAAGCAAAGCAAAAGGCUUCCCAAGCAAGUUACAGAUCAGAAUGCAUGAACAUCCUCUUCACUGGUUUUAUGGACAAACAUGCAUUCAAAACAGAUGGUGAUAGGAUUGAUGUGGAGGCUUGUUUGCUGAAAAUGUGCCACAAGAAAAGAAAGGAAGUUUCAUCUCCUCAGCAGACAAGUUUAGGUAAGGUACAAGUAUGUGUCAACCCUAGUCCUCAUAACCCAGACCUCCCUGAUCCUAUCUCCGUGGGACCCGAAAACUUUCAGAACAACAACGGCCAUUCUGUCAAGUCCGAUGUGCUUGUGAUCCGGGUGUCGUGCCCGGUAAGACGAUCUCUGCCCAACGGGUUGUGUAAUGGGGAUGCUCUGGAUUCAGAGGAACCUCAAACAAAGAGAAGACGAAAUGGCAGAACAUCUCCGUUUGAGGAAGAUGUGCUGCUGUUUGGCUCAGAACUAGUCAUUUAUGAUCGUCACAAGCGAUGUCAGCUGACAGAUGGAGAGUAUGAAAUGGCCCUCCGCGAUCUCGGCACAAAGGCCUUGCCUAAGAAACAGGCAACCUGGGAGACAGUUUUGGACGGCAAGAGCGUAGGACCAUUUGAGGUUUUUAACAGAGGGCCGACAUUAAAGUUCACGCUGGUGUGGAAGGAUGUGGUGGAGAAUGAGCAAGGAGUGGAGAGGACAAGCACUAGGAAUCAUUAUAAUAAUCAUUGUAUAAAUAACAGUAUAGCCAGAGAUGGCAAAGGCUACCUCAGGGAUAUACCAUCCAGCAGAUCACUGAACAAUUCACACUCGUCACCAAAGAAACGACUACGUAUAUUUUAUCAGUUUAUGUACAACAACAACACGAGGCAGCAGACAGAGGCCAGGGAAGACCUGAGGUGUCCCUGGUGCUCCAUCAACUCGGGGACCUUAUACAGUCUACUCAAACACCUCCGACUGUGCCACAGCAGAUUCACCUUCAACUAUGUGCCUCAUCCUAAGGGUGCUAGGAUAGACGUGUCCAUCAAUGAGCGGUACGAUGGCUCCUACGUGGGCAACCCUCAGGAUCUCCAUUCCCACGUGGGCUACGCCUUCAGCCGAAAUGGCCCUGUCCGUAGAACACCCGUCACCCAUGUCAUCGUCUACAGACCAAAGCGUCACGAGCCAUACCUGGCUGAAUUUCUGGAGCCAGAGUCUGAGAACCGGCCCAGCAGGCAGCUGUUACAGGGCCACAACAGGUUGUACUUCCACACCAGCACCUGUCAGCCUAUCAAACCCUGGGAAAUAGAUUACGACAGUGAGAACGAAGAGGACCCAGAAUGGCUCCGACAAAAAACCAUUAACAUGAUAGAUGACUUCUCUGAUGUGAAUGAAGGGGAAAAAGAGCUCAUGAAACUAUGGAACGUCCAUGUUAUGAAACACAAUUACAUAUCAGACUGCCAGUUGCCCGUGGCUUGCAAGGAGUUUGUUGCUGAGCAUGGACCAAGUAUAAUACAGAGAAAACUAUGCAAGAAUUUUUUAUUGCACUUAGUAAACUUGUUUGACUUUAGUUUGAUUCGACCUGAAGUGGUGCACAGGACAUAUGCUAUGUUACAAAACCUGAGAGAAGAGAUGGGUGUGGAUGAAUGAGGAGCCAGGGAAAGCAGCACAGUGUGACUGCAGCAAAACCGUGGAAUAUGGAUCACAGAGACACCAGUUAAGGGUUGUGUUUGAGCUGAGAAACCAUGGUUGUCAAGAACAUUGUGGAGCCCGUUAGAAUUAUUUUUUCGUGUGAUGGACUGCAAGUCCUUGCACAAGAACCAGUACACAUUUAGGAAUGUGUCGUCAGUUUUUACAAGGAAAUUUCUCUGACUUAAUAGUGUUUUUGUGGGAUGAAAUUGGUAAAAAAAUGAAUAAUGUUUAUUGGAAAUGAGGCCAUGGGUCGCAGAAGUUUAUCCUGAGGGAUUACUUUUGUGAUAGCAUGAAGAGAGUGGGCAGAGCUUAAGCAGAAGUGGAAAAGUUUCUUAACAGAGGAGUAAAAAGUGUCCGAGAAUUGUGUGAAAUACCAUAUUGUAGAUGUGUGAAUGUUGAUGGCAGAAAUUGUUCAUCCAAUGAGAACUGAUCGACAGAUUAAGAAGAAUUAUACAAGCAUUGAGAAGAAGUGGACAGCUAGUCAGUUUUGUGUGUGGCUUGGAGUGCCAGGUGAUAUUGAAGGACGGAGACGUGUAACUGUUGUGCCAGUCACAGGUCAUUCAAAUGAGGAAUUGUGGACAUUUGCAUAAGGUACUGAUAUUGUUUCUUCGUUUGGAGUAUGUAAAUUCUUUUUCUCCAAGAGUAUGCUCAAGACUGAUCCCAGAACACCGUGAUUUCCUGAAUAUGUCUUGUUUAUACCUCGCUCAAAUGUAACUUCCUGAGAAAUGAACUUCAAAAUCAUUUAAGGCGAAGAUAGUUACUGACUUGGUUCCAGACUUUUACUUGAGUUAAAUGUAAGGAAGAGGUUGAAUUCAGCAGGAGAUGUUAAAUGUGCAACCUGUCAUAGGAGUAGUGUGUCUUUGUCUAUUAUCAGAACAGGAGUGAAAUGACUGAUGCAUAUUGCAGUCAGUUUUCAGGUACAGCUAAUACCAGUUAAAGUUUUGGUGUCGAAUGAUACCAUCAUCAAGGAAAACCAAAUCUCUAAUAGGUAAACCAGUCGUGAGGUGUAACCAAGGUUACACAUGCAGCUAUAUGGUGCGACAAAGUGAAGAGUGCAGCGAAGACGGGCACAACUGGCUGCAUGGUACCACAAAGUGGAUACUGCGACAAAGAUAGGCACAGUCAGCAUGGUACCCCCUAGUAAACAGUACAACCAAACAGGCAUAACCAUCUUAAUGGUGCCGCCAGUUGAGGAGUAAAAUCAGAGACAGACAACCAACAGCAUGGUGCCCGCCAAUCACACAGUACAACCAAACAGGCACAACCAUCUUUAUGGUGCCACCAGUUGAGGAGUAAAAUCAGAGAGACUAAACCAACAGCAUGGUGCCCCCCAAUUAGACAGUACAACCAAACAUGCAUAACCAUCUUUAUGGUGCCACCAGUUGAGGAGUAAAAUCAGAGACAGACAACCAACAGCAUGGUGCCCCCAAUUAGACAGUACAGCCAAACAGGCACGACCAUCUUUAUGGUGCCACCAGUUGAGGAGUAAAAUCAGAGAGACUUAACCAACAACAUGGUGCCCCCCCAGUUAGACCGUACAACCAAUCAGGCAUAACCAUCUGCAUGGUUUCCACCACGUGGAGAAGACAAGUUUUGUGCUGGGAUCUUGGACUUUAGAGCAAAGUUAUGAGUUAAAUUGAACCUGGGACUUAAUAUGCAAAAGAAGUGGUGUGAUGGUUAAUGCCUGGUGUUAAUUCCAUCAGCAAAAUACCUCAACACAAACUGUGCCAUACUGGGAUCAGUUGUGUAUUCGAUGCGGCAUUCCAGCAAAUCCUGCCAUCGCUUAUGACCACUGGCUGUGACUUCUCUGCUCUCAUAGUUCAUCCUCAAAAUGGCAUGCCCACACCUACAUCACAUUGUUCAGGUGGUAACUCAGGAAGCAACACUUCCACCUUUAACCUUUGUCCUAUUUUUUUAAAUCACCCACAUGUACAGGUUACAUGGGUUUAUAGUAGAUGUGGUGGUACACUGUCAUGGCUGACACAGCCUCAGUUUAAUUUGUUUAUUGACCAACAUUACCAGUAUAUUGUACACAUGAUCAUCAUGAAGAAACGUUCAUUAAGGGUUCAAGUUACACUUACAGUUAGCUGUGGCAAGCAGCUCUAUAGGUCACCUGGUUGGUCAGUCUGUGUGUUGGUUGGACCAAAUGUUGUGUUCUUGAAUGCAAAACCAUGACUUUCUGUGGAUGUCUUGAGUGUUGCAAAUUUGCAUUUUGUUUAAAAGUCUGACAAGUUUUUCUUCAUCUUGUCUGGAAUUCUUCAUCAGAUCUGCUGGUGUAUGUAUAGAUAUUUUGUGGGUUCAUUUUACCUCUUGCCUGUCAUUUUGCAUUGGAAAAUGUCUGCUAUUUUCAUGUAUAUCUACUUGAUUGAAAUCAGAUGUGACUAAGUCCAUCUUUUUGUUAAUCAGUCCAGUUUUUGACAUCCUGUCUUUUAACAUGGGCCCCAUAUCUUUUGGUAUGGGCCAUUCAUUGGACGAAGGGCUCGGUGAAAGGCGUAAAACAAUAAUGUCGUGGCUAUUGCAGAUUUAUUCUUGAUUUCCUAACAAUGUUAAAAAAAAAAGAAGUGUGAGUUUAAGCACUGAUUAUUCCAUACAUGAAUAAAGAAGGUCUGGUGUCAAACUAUCAAAUAAUGGUUAAGUUUAUGUAACACUGCUCUUACAAAGUUUAAGGUCAAAUUUUGUAAAUCCACUUAUAAAUCAGUAAACCUCUGUCGAAAGCAAAUUCCAGAUAUGCCCAAUUUCCCACAGUGCAGAUUGGCUGGUCAGAGCAUCGUUGUGCAGAUUAAUGAAAAAAAAUCUCCUCUGACAUUUGUCAUUUACAAAGGGUGUCUGCGUGGAUCAUUUUCAGAGGACAUUGUCCUGGUUCAUUUUCGGAGGGAACCUGCCAGGGUUAUUUUGGGUGGUCAUGUGGCAAUGUCUGAUAUUUACCUGGCAGGAUAUACUCAGGGAUGCUUGGUUCCUUGCCAAAAACAAACCAUUUGGUUAACAAUCAUGAACAGAUAUACAUCUGAACAUCCAUAUUCAUGAUAGGAGAUGUAAGAUCAGAUUAGCCAUUUUAAGAUAUUUUUUAUCUCGUUUUUAUAUCUUUCUUACAGUACCAGAUUGUCAUAUUAUUAUUUAAUAGCACUUAAGAUAACCUUUUUAGCUGUGAAAAGUAGGUAGGUGCACAUUGUAUCAUUCUGCAUAAGGCUGAAAACUAACGAAGUUUUGUAAAAGUGGCUCCUGAUAUUGUUGCUUUGAAAUCUGGGGAAUGAAAUGCCUAAGGAUGAUCUUGCAUUGAGUUCUAGAUAAUGACAGUAUCUGAUAUUUUUAGGUACUAAAACCAACAAAUUUAGAGCAUGGCAAUGUGCUGUAGAUAUUAAAGAUUUGCAGCAUCUUGCACCUCUGCUUGCUCCCUACAUUGACAAAGGCUAAUUGUUUUAUGAACAUGUAGGAUUUGGAUAUUGAUUUAUGUCUUUGAUUGGUGUUUUUAUGGUGUAAUGGGUCAGGUUUGUGGGUGGAGAUAGCUGGAGUAAACCAGCACUAUUUACCAGAAAUACCUAACAAACCUCAUGUUUCCCAGCUGCAGCCAGACCAGUAAGCUGGUCACAUGGUCACAAUGGUUGAUCUGUUGUUUCAUGAUGCUGUAGCGGACUAAUCCAACAAGAAAUCAGAUGCGGAUAUUUAUGUACACAAAUAAUAAUGCUAGAUGCUAUCGUGUAAUAUCUUAAAAAAUAUUUAUUAAUGUUUGCCUAUGUCAUACACUCAUAAAAAAAGGAUGCAGGCAAUAUGCAGACCCUGCUCAUCAAAGUGACUUUAACCCUUUAUUAACUUGGACCACACUAAUUUAAAUUGGUGCUUUACAGACAGAAUGAAUCUUUUUUUUUUUUUCAAUGUCAGAGGCAGGGGUAUAAAAAUAAAACUUAAAAAUCAUCUAAUCUGUUGGAAGUGAGGACUGUUGUGAUCAUUUUUCUUGUUAAGGAAAUACUUACAUGAUCAGAAAGCCUUAACGUAUAGGAACAUCCUAAAAGCAUUAAGAUUGGACAGAAGAAAAAGGUGGAUUUUCAGUGUUACAUUUAUUCCAUAUUUGUUCCAAAAUUGUCGCUUUAGUCAAAAUUGUAACAUAAUUAACAUUAUCCAAGUUCAAUGUUUUAUUCUGGUACUUAAGGUGGUCUUUGUGUCAGCGUCUUUGUAUAACAAGGCCUGCAAUGAGAAUGAUACCUUAACAGGUACAGAAGGUUAAUGUACGUAGUAAUGUUAGUCGCGCAUUACAACAGUUUACAAAUUACAACUGCCAGUCAACUGUAGGUCUAAUUGCUGUUACCUUGCAGAGUUAUAUGUUAGUUUUUUUUUUUUUCAUGUUACAGUACAUGUAAUGGCAUGGUUGCCUGAGUUUCAUAUAACAUCACAAGAUCACUGUACUUUCACUUGAGUCAUGACUGAUUCAUUAUUCAUGCAAACUUCAGCACAUGUACACGGCCGGCAAUUUUACUCAGGAAAAACUCUGCGAGCAACAGUUUGAUGGAAUAUGGUAGAGUAUUGUAUCGGUAUAAACCUGGUACAAGUAUAAGCUGAAAGUACUACACUUCUCACUAGUGUCAGAGUGAAGUGAAAUCAUCACCCAGGAAAUAAGGUCUGGUGUAAGGGAAAUGGUAUGACUUGACUUAAGUGUUCAGGUUGUAGAGGUACAGCUCUUCUCACAUGGAAUAGAAUGACUGUGUAUAUUACAGUAGCAGUAUAACAAUACCAGCUGCAUGUAUAUCGUGGCUAUAAAGGAGGAAGUGGAAAAUGUUCAUUUUUGUCAAAUAUCCUCAGAAUCGAUUGGUCAGGUUGUGGUAAAGAAGCUAACACACCUCUUCUCCAAGAUAUGUCUGUCGUAUUGCCAGUGUGAUGUUAAACCCUUAUGGUUCAUCCAUUAUGUUUCUACGUGUUGAGCAUUUCUCCUUAAUUUCUGUCCGUCUUUACAUAGGAAUUGAGGAUGACAUAAGCUGGCAUGAUAAAUUGAAAAGAUAUACAUUAUGUGACUAAUGUUCAACUACCUGCUUACAGUAGUAGUGUUAAACAUUUUCAGAUACAUGUAUCUGUCCUUUGUUAAGUAAAUUUAGUGUAGUUAUUUUUUGACACAAUAUCUAACCUGCUAGUUGUUUGUUGACCUGGAAAGUCCAUGUUCUCUUUGGUCUUGUUGCUGUUUGGAUUAAUACACUUAAUACAGAUGUAAAGUCAGUGGUGAAUCAACUAGUUUGCUAGUGGUGUGCUAGUGGUUUGCCAGUGGUUGGCUGGUGGUGUACCAGUGGUUGCUAGCAGUUUACCGGUAAAUGCUAUCAGCCACCUGCCACAUUGUUGUACCAGGGCCGUCUUCUUAUCACAUAAAGGAUAUACACCACAGUAUUUUUAAUGCAGACAAAGUGUAUUGCAAAGUGUUAAAUGUACAGGACACACAAUUCAUUGUUCACAGAUGCCAUGUAUGCUUGUAAUUUGAUUUCUAGGGAAUGUACAUUGUAUAUUUGAGUAACAUUAGCAUUUAAUUUAAUGCAUAUCUUUUGAAUAUGGCCUACUUGAGAAGGCCCUGUUUUAUGCUUAACAUGUUAGCACUGUUACUAUACUUUAAAAUUUAAGAGAAAAGAAUUCAGUUUGACAUUGUAAUCAGAUGUCCAAACAGCUUUGGAGCUAUGUAUAAAGUGUAUAUAAAUUAUGAGACCAGGGACCAUUUGCAUGCAUCAGAUCAGUUUGGUUUGGCAUCACCAAUUGCUGCUGUUUCUUCAUUUUUAUAGUCUGUUCUUAUUAUGGUCACUUGUGAAUCUGUAUGAAAAAAGAAAUUUGCACAUUUUCAUUUUUGAUAUGUAUAUUUAAAUAAGUAUCUAAAUGGAGGAGGCUUGUGUGAUAGAGAGAUAAGCUGAUAAGGUGGGAAGGGCCUGUAAAUUGACAAAGUUUGUCAAAGUUUGAAAGUAAACAUAAGAAGGGCAAAGUUAUGGGUUGCUAUUUUGAAAUUGCAGAGGGGGAAGUGUACAGAGCUUAAAAUAUUUACAUUUUAUGAUUUAGAAUCCAUGUGUGUUUGAGGGUUGUUUUAUCAUUUUAUGCACAAACUGUAAUCAUUCAGAAAUAAACAAUUUGUGGCCAAGCAAUA